GAGAUACUUUCUCAAAUAAACAAGCCUGAGCAUGUAUCUUGGUAGAGUGCUUGCCUGGCAUGCGUGAAGCCUAGGCAUCAAUCCUGAGCACAGCAUAAAUGUGGUGGCUCACACCUAAAAUACCUGGACUUGGGGAGUAGAGGCAGGAGAAUCAAGUUUAAGGUCAUACUAGCCUGGGCUGGAGAUGCUGCCAUAAACAAACAAUGAACCAAACAGAAUAUGAUGGGAGAGAGAGAGAGAGAUAGCUGUGACCUGCCGUCUGUGCCCUUUGUGGGGACUCAGCAUCCGGAUGAACUCUGAUUAAGGGACCAGGAUCACAGCAUCAGCUUGACCAGCAGUGUGGAGACCCCAUGGACUAAGAGCGCUCUGUGGAAGGCGAGGCAGAAUUUUGGAAGGAAACAGUUUCUCUGUGGUCAUAGAGAUAGAGCAGGAGAAGAAGGACAGCCAUCAAGUCCACUCAGGAAGUGGCGGGUCCCAGGGGGUGGGCAGCCAAAAAAGAAAGUGCUCCCCAGGACUCUGCAGGCGUGGGAAGGAGGCGAAGCCCUUGCCUGAGGGCUAGGGCAAAGGUGACAUCCUCAAUCCAGAGCCGUGGACGUAACCACUUACUGGCCAUGAUAGAAACCAAAGCCUCUGAGGUCGGGAGCAUCGUCAGAGCCCUUCCUGCAUCUGUUCACCGGCAGCCUCACAUGGGAGCCAGAGACCAACCAGGAAGCAGAUGACAGAAAGGAGAACUAGGCAAGUGGACAUUCUAGGUUCUAGAAGGAGACAGCCCCUUCCCUCUUGGGCUUGGUGUAGGUACAGAUGAUGUCUGAGCUGAAGAAAUGAUCCCAAAGGUGAUGAGAAUGUGGCUGCCUUCGGCUCUGCUCCUCUCGCUGGUCCCAGGUUGUGUCCCUCUGCGUGGCCCCAGCACUGUGACAGGCACUGUGGGGGAGUCCCUGAGUGUGCAGUGUCAGUAUGAGGAGAAAUACAAGACUUAUAACAAAUACUGGUGCAGAAGGUCAUUUGUGCCACUAUGUGAUGAUAUUGUCAGGAUCAGAGGCUCAAAAGAAGCUAGGAAUGGCCGAGUGUCCAUCAGGGACGAUCCCGACAACCUCACCUUCACAGUGACCUUGGAGAACCUCGACCUGGAGGAUGCAGGCACCUACAUAUGUGGGGUGGAUAAACCGUUUAAGCCUAUUGAUGGUGACUUGGGGAUUGAUGACUCCUUCAAGGUUGUGUUGUCCGUGGUCCCAAGUGAGGUCCCAGUCUCCAGCCCUGGGAACAGCGAAACUACCACGGCGUCUCCCACAUCCUCACCAGGGCACACCCAGCCCAGCGUGACCACAGAAGACACAACUCCUCAUCCCAGCCUACAGCCUGAGUCUCUUCUGAGCAGCUUCUACUUCUACCUUCUGGUCUUUCUGGAGUUGCCCCUGCUUCUGAGCAUGCUCAGUGCCGUCCUCUGGGUGAACAGGCCUCAGAGGUGCUCUGGGGAGAAGAUGCCUUGGCCUGAUUAUGAGAAUAACUGACGUCUGUUGACAUCGAACGCCUGUCCCUGGACUCGGCUCCUCAGGUGGCUGAAGACAACCAGCAAAUCUGCUUCUGAGACUACUCUGAGAUUUGUAGAAGAUUCUUUGUGCUGUAUCAAACACAUAAAAGAAUGUGCCCAAUCCAUACACACACGGUGUAAUAGAAUGUUAAUAGGAUGUCUUUA